AAAAGUCAAAUAGCUAGCAAGGUGAUCGGAAAAGAGAGUCAAUGGCUUCCAAUCUCUUGAAAAUCAUCUGCAUCUUCUUCUUGAUUUCCAUGUUCUCAGUACAAGUCCUCUCAGUAGUGGAAGAGUGCGGUGAGGAAGAAGACGACAGCUGCAUAGACAAGAAGAAAGCCUUGCCACUCAAAAUUAUAGCCAUUGUAUCCAUUCUCGUCACGAGCAUGAUUGGGGUGAGUUUACCCCUCGUCACACGCUCGAUUCCAGCCCUCAGUCCGGAAGGAAACCUUUUCGUGAUUGUUAAGUGUUUCGCCGGAGGUAUCAUUUUGGGUACUGGGUUCAUGCAUGUUUUACCAGAUUCAUUCGACAUGUUGUCGUCCAGCUGCUUGAAGGAAAAUCCAUGGCAUAAGUUUCCUUUUACCGGAUUUGUUGCCAUGUUGUCUGCUAUAAUUACAUUGAUGGUAGACUCAAUGGCAACCAGUAUAUACACUAAGAAAAACAGAAAUGGAGUUCUUCCUGAGUCACAAGGAGAUCAAGAGAUGGCUGUAGUGAAUAAUGGGCAUUCUCAUGGCCACCACCAUGGAUUCAAACUUGAUGUUGAUGGUUCACAACUUCUCCGUUACCGCGUAAUUGCCAUGGUUUUGGAGUUGGGAAUCAUUGUCCAUUCAGUUGUGAUAGGGCUUUCUCUUGGAGCCUCGAACAACACUUGCACAAUCAAAGGACUAGUAGCUGCUCUUUGUUUCCACCAAAUGUUUGAAGGAAUGGGACUUGGUGGUUGCAUUCUUCAGGCUGAGUAUAAGCUUAUGAAGAAGGCUAUAAUGGCCUUCUUCUUCUCAGUAACAACCCCAUUUGGAAUUGCGCUUGGCCUGGCACUAUCGACUACGUACAAAGAAAACAGCCCUCGUGCUUUGAUUACUGUUGGUUUGCUUAAUGCCUCGUCGGCUGGCCUUUUGGUUUAUAUGGCUUUGGUGGAUCUUCUUGCUUCUGAUUUCAUGGGGAAAAAGUUGCAAGGUAGCAUCAAGUUACAAAUCAAAUCUUAUGUGGCUGUUCUAUUGGGUGCUGGUGGGAUGUCUCUCAUGGCGAAAUGGGCUUAGAAAAAAGAAAGCUAUGCAUCAUUAAUUAAUAAAGUGCCAGAAAUAAUUUCGUUUUCAGUUUGUUUUUGAUUUGGUUGAAACAUGUUGCUGAGUACAUCUGAGUACAAGUUGAUCGUUUUUCAUUUUCUUGAUGUAGAUUUGUGGGAAAAGUACUUCCUUUGCAUUUUGCUCUUAGUUCAUGUUGACUAAGCUUUAAAAAAAUUACUUAUAAAGAAGUAAAUUUUAAUAUAAAUUACUUUUUCA